AUUAUUUGGCCUUUGCAUUUAUACGAAACCAUUCUUGAAGUUAUUGAGCAAUUAUCACAAUGUCCUCCAAGGAGUGCGGCCACCACCACGACGACGGCAAGCUCCUCCGCAGCAUAUUCGCCGGCAUCAUCGCCUUCAUAGUCCUAAUACUCCUCAUAAUCUUCUUAACAUGGAUCAUCCUCAGACCCACCAAACCACGCUUUAUGCUUCAAGACGCCACCGUCUACGCCUUCAACCUCUCCUCCACCACCACCGAACCUUCUCCCUUCGCUCCCACACCCAACACACUCACAAUAACAAUGCAAGUCACGCUCUCAGCUCACAACCCUAACGACCGCAUCGGCAUUUACUACCAGAAACUCGAUGUCUAUGUCUCGUACCGGAGCCAACAGAUCUCACUCGCCACGGCGGUGCCGGACACCUAUCAGGGCCACAAGGACUUCACCGUUUGGUCUCCGUUUCUCUACGGUAACUCCGUGCCGGUGUCGCCGUAUGUGCUGAGUUCUCUGCAGCAGGACCAGAAUGCUGGAGUUGUUAUGGUCAACGUUAAGAUCAACGGUAGGGUCAAGUGGAAGGUGGGGACUUGGGUCUCUGGGAGGUACCAUGUUUAUGUGAACUGUCCCGCGAAUAUUGGGUUCUCCGGUGAUCGGAAUAAUGGGAUCGGAGGUGUGUCUCCGGUGGUGAAGUUUCAGUUUUGGCAAAGUUGCAAUGUUGAUGUUUAG